AAAAGCCAAUUUUUUGGUGCGCCAUGCGCACGCUCCAAAUUAUGAGAAGCAUCUUUAUUGAGUCGCUUACGGCACUUUCUGUUUGACAAAAUGCUUGUGUGAAGUCGCUGCGAAUCAGCUGCCUCUUCAGCAUUCGUUGGUUAAUGAAUUUGGUUCAGGAUUGAUGUUCCUUUCUCAAGAGUUAAUCUAUCGAUCAGGUCCAGAGAUUUUCUUUUAGUUCAUCGGCUUAAAAAAUGAGUUUCCGGUCGGAAUUCCUACAUUUUUCUGUUAUGCUGUUCGUUCUGGCUGCCGCAGCUUUCAGUCAAAGCAGUAUGAUUGACACUAGAGUUUUACCUGCCGGAAGAGAGCUGCAGAAGGAAACUCUUGCACUACAAGGAGGCUCCUGCCUGUAUCAACUGAAGGGGCUUAAAUCAAACACGUGGUACGAAGUGAAGAUAUCGUAUCCUGCUUCUAUACCUGCUAGUUUCUCCCUUCAUCUAGAAACAGGGAGCUCCGAUCCUGGGAGACACAAGGGAAGAAAGUUGCUAAACACUGAGAAGUUAAUUUUCAAAACCGAAUCAGUGGAUCCGCUCGAUGUUCAGGUAUCCAUGACUCUACCCUUAAAUUUUGUUCCUUGGCAUCAAAAUCGGAUUUUAAUAUCUAGCUUUUCUCAGAAGAAAUUAUAUGUCUUGGUGAAUGUGGUGCCCGAGGGAAUUGUCGCUAUACCAGGAGCAAAAGAGAGGAAGUACAUCAUAUUUAAUAUAGGUAACUAAGUAUAGAAAGUGCUUUCAGAUAGAAUUUGCUGUUAGUAAAUAGUUUGCUGAUGUAUUUGUCUUGUCUACUUUCAUGACGAUCCAUCCUGCAUUUCUUCUUGGGUUAAGUUUUAAGUGACAGCCCCGAUCAACCUUAAAGAAUAUCAUCCAUCAUGCGGUGAAGUUUUUAUUUAAGUUGGGUGCUUACUUUCUUCUUAUACCGUCAUUGUCCGUUCCCAAUCAUAUAUAUUAUUGGAGCUGUAAUCUUUCAUAGACCUAUCCUAACUAUUUUGCAUUUAACACUUAUCUGAAUCUUAUGGUCCUUGUCCCUUUGCUUUGAUAUUCGAUUUUGUCAAUACAGACAUAAAGUUGGAUUUUGAUAUGACCAAGUUCCCUUUGUUGGCUACUACUCCGUACUAUUUAGUGACCUUCAUUAAUUUCCCCUUAUUGCCUUCCUUGGAAGCUGUAUGUACUGAUUUUUGGUUGUCCAGUCUGGUCUUUACUUUCGAUUAGCCUUUUUAUAAUUGCAUUUUCUUUCCCUUUGUCAAAUCUUUGAUAUUAUCAAUCCUGUCAUGACAGCUUGUGAUGAAUUAUUCAUCGGUAUCCCUCACAAAGCGUGGUUCGUGGUGAUGUUCGUCUUGCUUUGUCUGGGAUUUGCAUUUGUGGUCCCGUCUUUUCUUCCACCGUAUCUUCUACCAGGAGACAAGAACUCACAUGAAGCCCAGCAAGUUGUUUCCAAAGAUUCAUGAUGGCCAUU